AUGCACAGGCCAUUCAAGUAUUCGGUCGCUGUACCAGCGCAGCUUUAUCAGCAAGACGAGUGGUUUUGCAGCUUCACGCCCCGCAUCCACCGAGACUCUCACCUCGCAGAUGAAGGAUCCUGGAAAUGCCAAGUUGACUUCCUGUCUGCAACUGGCCCGGAGGAUUCUGAGCGUAACAAGAGCCACAAGAGCUACGCCGUAGGAUGUAUUAAUCCCGUUGUCGGAAAUUUUACAGCCUUGUGUGCUUCUGAAGCUCUCCCCGAAAGGCUCACAUUGACAACUUACAUGGUGGAGUACGCAUACAUUCACGAUGAUGUGAUUGAGUACGCGGAAGACAAGACAGAAGAAAAGCUGCAAGAGGCGAAUCGCGAGCUCGUUGAGGGGCUCGAUAUGGACGAUGAAGGAGUCACAGGAACGAAGGCUCAUAUCAAAAGGAGACAACUUCAGGCGAAGAUGGCCGUUGAGCUUAUUGAUAUGGAUCGGGAUAAAGGGCUGGAAUGCCUUCGCCUAUGGAAGGAGAUGUCGCACGUUUUUGUGUCUAUUCGGGACGUCAAUUUUCGGACACUCGACGAGUACUUACCCUUUCGCUUCGUCGACGCUGGUUGCCCCUGGACCAUGAGCCUUCUAUGUUUCUCCAUGGACUUCGCACUGACAAAGGCUGAGGAAGUGGAACUUUCCCACAUCACUAUCUCUGCAUACAAUGCUUGGGUUCUUGUGAACGACUACUUCUCUUGGGAGAAAGAGGUCUUAAACUACAAGGCAAAUGGGAGCGUGGGGGAGAUUGUUAGUGCGGUAUUUCUGUUUAUGAGAUGGUACUCCGUUGAUGCCAAGCAAGCCAAAGAACUGCUAAGAGCAGAAAUCAUAUCUCGAGAGAAGAUCUAUUCUGAGCUGAAGGAGAGACAUUUGCGCCAGGCUAAUGUGACGGAGCGAACGAGGUACUGGUUUACCUUGCUGGAUCUGGUCACAGCCGGAAACUUCAUUUGGAGUAUGACUACUGCCAGAUACCUCAAAGGAGACGACGCGUAUCCAGCUCUUCGGGCUAAACAUCACCUGACAUCCGGCGAUUCAACCGAAAACAAUCUUGAUCAGCCAAUCUCCGCGGCUGUGACAGAGAACGGCCAUGCAAAUGGGCAGAACGGAACAGCUUCUUUGCCACAAAGUGUGCCAUGUAUGCAAUCGGAAAGGCCGUUUCUGCAGUUGCCAGCCGCCCUACUCGCGCCUUAUGAAGAGACCGUGCUUGAACCUUGCGACUACAUUCGGUCAAUGCCGUCCAAGGGUGUCCGAAACUCAGCUAUUGAUGCGCUCGAUGUCUGGUACGAGGUUCCAGAGAGUUCGCUAGACGCCAUUCGAGGUAUUGUCAAUAAUUUGCACAAUUCUUCUCUAAUGCUCGACGACGUCCAAGAUGAAUCUAGCCUUCGACGCGGCCAGCCUGCUGCACAUAUCAUAUAUGGAACGGCGCAGACAAUUAACGCGGCGAACUUUCUUAUGAUGAAGGCUAUCAAGGCCGCUGAGAAGCUUUCUGCUGCAGCUCUGACUAUUCUGACAGACCGCCUGUUAGACGCACAUGUUGGUCAAGGGCUAGAUCUGUACUGGAAGCACCAUACCAUUAUACCCGCGGAAAGGGAGUACUUUGCGAUGGUGGACGGCAAGACGGGUGGACUGUUCACCCUCCUGGCAGACUUAAUGAAAUCCGAGGCAACGAACAACAGAAACCUGGACUGCGGGAACCUGAUGAUCUUGGUCGGCCGUUUUUUCCAAGCACGCGACGGCUAUCAAAAUCUCGAAAACGCAGAAUACACCGAACAGAAGGGAUACGCCGAAGACAUCAGCGAAGGAAAAAUAUCAUUGCCUUUGAUUCACACUUUGCAAUCGAAGUCGCAUCGUAGUCGACUGCUCAGCAUCUUGCAGCAGCGCAAAAAUGGCAGGGAAGUACCACAUGAAGUCCGCAGACUCGCAGUCAAGGACAUCAAAGCUGCUGGAGGUCUUUCAUAUGCACGGGGUGUAUCAUCGCGCUUGGAAGAGGAGGUGAACACAGUCCUUGCGGAUCUUGAGAAGCAGGCCGGGAGGAAGAAUUGGAUCUUGCGGCUAUUACAAGCACGUCUGCACAUUGAUAAUUAA